GCGACCAGGGCUUUGCUGCAUGCGGUGCAGCAACGCGGUGGCCUAGAUGGUGAUGGCCACUUCGCGGAGGCCGUGGGUCAACUGGAACAGCUCUCCAGGCGGCAACGUGAUGCGGACCCACGGUCAAAGCAACACGGAGGAGCCCAACACAAAGACUUGCUGCUGACCAUGGUCGAGAAGCUCCGGCAGCCUGCUCCGGAUGCGGAGGCUGCCUCGGACGCGCAGCCUUCACGGCCAGCGCCCCUCGGCGGGCCCCUCGGCGAGCCCCUUGGCGAGAUAGUCGUCUCGCUGAUCAGCUUGGUGGCGCACAUGGCUGGCACCAUGGAGGACAUGCAGUCCCAGCUCAAGGACAUGCAGUCCCAGCUCAAGCUCUUGACGGCAGCGCCUCCGGCAUUGUUCCCGCCCACUCCUCCGGUGGCCUUCCCGGUUGGGCUGCCUUUGCAGCCUGGCAUCAUGGGUGUCUUGGGCCCUUUGCCCAUCCUGGAUGUGGGGGGCCUCCUGCUCAACUGCAGCCCCAGCAUCAGCUUGGGCCGCAGCAAUUUGUGGCUUUUGAACCUCGUCUGCAACCCCAGCAUUGCGGCGGGUUUGGUCCGUGCCAAACUGAGCUGCAGCCCCAGCCUGGAGGGCUACAUCAACCUGAGCAGCAUCACCUUCAAGGUGCACCACGGCGCCAACCACAGCAUGAAGGAGGACUGCUGCGCCAACCCCAGCAUCAAGGAGGACCGCAACCCGAGCAAGGAGGACCGCUGCGCCAACCCCAGCAUCAAGGAGGACCACAACCCGAGCAAGGAGGACCGCUGCGGCAACCCCAGCAUCAAGGAGGACCACCUCGCCAACCCGAGCAAGGAGGACCGCUGCGCCAACCGGAGCAUCAAGGAGGACCGCCGCGCCAACCCGAGCAUCCAGGAGGACCGCAGCAUCAAGGAGGACCGCCUCGCCAACCGGAGCAUCAAGGAGGACCGCCGCGCCAACCCGAGCAUCCAGGAGGACCGCGCCAACCUGAGCAUCAAGGAGGACCACCUCGCCAACCGGAGCAUCAAGGAGGACCGCGCCAACCCGAGCAUCAAGGAGGACCGCUGCGCCAGCCCCAGCAUCAAGGAGGACCACCUCGCCAACCGGAGCAUCAAGGAGGACCGCCGCGCCAACCGGAGCAUCAAGGAGGACCUUUGCGCCAACCCGAGCAAGGAGGACCGCCGUGCCAACACGAGCCGCAAGCAGGACCACAUCAGCGCCAGCAUCGCGGAGACCAACCGGAGCCCCAGCAACAUCAACCGAUGCAUCACGGGCCUCCCGGUUCAUUGCAAUCUGAGUGGCAUCAAGCUGGCCAGCCGGCUCAUCAAGCCGCUUCGCCUCAUGCAGAUCAUCGGCCCGAUGGAGCACGCCCAAAACAUGCACAUGGAGUGCCUGAACCCCUUGAGCCACCUCGGAGCUACAAAGGCCCUUUUCAGGGCCCGCCUGUUCACCCAGCUCCAGCUGAGACGAGGAGCCCUGCAGAACCAGCACGCAAAGCGCCAACUGAGUGGCGCGGACAAGCGCCUCCGCAAACAAAAGCGAGGCAUCGAAUCUUUUGCUGCGGUGGCGCAGGGCAAUUGCAUGGCCUGCAGGUGCUCAAUGCUAUGCUUUUUGAUUGCUGUGACUGGCUCCACAUUUGCGUUGGAGCAGCCCAGAUCAUCUUUACUGUUUCAGUACAGCCGCAUGCAAUUCCUGGCCUGUUCCGUUCCAGUCUGGCGCAUAGCCUUUUGGAUGGGCACUUUUGGAUCCAAAACACCAAAGAGGUCCUUGGUAUGGAGUAAUGCCGGUGGUAUCGGUGCCCUCUUCAGCUCUGCCCUGCUGAAUCCCAAGACCUUCAAGAAGGAUCCGAACUUUCGGCCAACGAUCAAGUAUGUCAACAAGCAAGGCAAGUCUUCCUGGCAAGGAACCAAGCAGCUCACGGAAACUGGGAAGUAUCCCAAAGCUUUUGGCCGCCGCAUUAGAUAUAUGUUUGAAACUGGGCAGCUGAAGCCAAAUGGCGAGUUUCCACUUCACGCCUCUGAGUCAGAGGCGCAAGAGGCGUUUGCUAGGGCGGGUUAUUCUGAUAUGUGCGAAGAUGGUAAUCUUCUACAGGUUGCGCGCUACCUGCGCCAGUGCAAAGGGCUUAAGGUGCCCGAAGAGUGGCGCUGCUUGCUACCUGACAAGCUUUGA